UAGAGAGAGAGCACCAAGAGGGAGAUCAGCUAGAGAGAGAGCACCAAGAGGGAGAUCAGCUAGAGAGAGCGCACCAAGAGGGAGAUCAGCCAGAUGGAGAGCAAGCAACAGAAGAAAGCUUAAAGGAAGAACUGUUAGAGUUAAACCAGUCAAGGAGAGAACAACUACAAAGAAGGCAGCCAAAAAGAGAGAAGUUAGAGAGAGAGCAGUCAGUAUGUGGCCAGCCACAGUCUGACAACUGGGAGAAUUGUAGAGCAAGGUCCUGGACCAAUGGUGACUGAGCUAGAGGAGACAGAGGACCUGGAGACCAUCCACCUUGGGCCACGCCCACCACUUCGUAUUGACGAUCUCCCUGACCUGGAGGAUGUGGAUAUUGAAGAUCCAGACAGCACCUGCAUCUUCUCCUCUCAGCGAGUAUUCCGGCCAAUGAUAGAGGUCGUUUCAGGAGACAACAACGAUGUAGAUCCAAUCAUACAUCAGAGUGGGACAGUGUGGACCACAGAGACCACAUCUACCUCAGGUCCAUGCUCAUCUUCACUGUUCAGGGUCUAUGACAAAAUGUCAAACAAAUCGCCCACCAAUCACCUAGUAGCAUUGGACCCAGAGGCGGGGGAUGCCCCAGAGCUGGUGAUAUCAGACCCUCAGGGAGAACCCAGACAGAGGCAGAGCCCUGAAGCCAGAAAACCAGGUUGUCUCAUUGAGGAGCUGGACUAACUCUGCAGAAGGCUGUGAUAGCAUUAACAACACUAGGUUUAGGUGUUCAAUCUGGGAAAGCCUUGUUUUGCUGAAGACUGGUACAAUGUAAGCACAGAGAGCUGCUGUGGAGCUAUUUUGCAGCCAUGGGUUUACACCCAACACGCUCAAAACAAUGUUUGUUUUUGUUAGUUUUCCGUAGCUGUUCUAUUACUGGUUAUACUUUAUAUUCUGUAUUCUCAGACUCAGUGUUCUGAAUUAAGUGUUCACGAACUGCAUUCAAAUCCAUUCCAAGAUGAUCCCAGGCAGAUUAUAGCCAUAGCUCAUAAAAUAAAACGUUAUAGUACAGUAUGGGGAAUUUAUCUCAGUGCUAGUUACACAAAUACUGUAAAUAUACCACUAGGUGGCACUUAAGUACCAAAUAUGCACUACACACGGGCUCAUAAUUUUUUUACCUUUAUUUAAAUAGGCAAGUCAGUUAAGAACAAAUUCUUAUUUCAAUGACAGCCUCGGAACUGUGGGUAGAACGACAGAUUUGUACCUUGUCAGGUUGGGGGUUUGAACUUGCAACCUUCCGGUUAAUAGUCCAACACUCUUAACUACUAGGCUACCCUGCCGCCCCAAUUACAGACAAUAAAACAUUUUAAAAAAUAAUUGAGAAAAUAGAGUAAUGAUGAUGAUGAUCAUGCAUAAAUGUAAACCUAAAGAGCAGUUAUUUUGUCAAAGUCUUUGCAUGUUUUAGCAGUAGUAUUAUUACAGACCAGCUAAUGCAAAAACACAUGGAAUCUCUUCUGUAUCAUUUAAUCUACCUGGGACUGAGGGUGAGAUUUCAGGGCUCCCUGAAAGAAAACAUGGCCCGGUGUCCAGGUCAAAUACUGGUCACAGGGAGACUAGAGAAUAGAUUUUAGUAGAUUGGGUCUUUAAAUAAAGGUACCAAAAAGAGGAUUAACAAAAAAUAUAUCCACUUGUCUCCUCAUCUCUCUCGUCAUAGCCACACACAUGCACAAAUGGCAUUGUCUACUGUUCUCUAAAUAUUUGUUUCUGUUCAUGACCAUGUUCACAUCAUAAUUCACCAUCUCUUCAUGUUUCCUCCUCCCUCUCCCCCUCCUCCCUCCCCUACUCUGACACAUGGCUAGGAUGCACAGUGUGUCCUGGGCUGUCAGGGUGCAUCGAGGGAUGCUGGGCAGGAACAAAGACAGAUUAGAUUGAUCUGCUCAUGACCUUCUGUUAUGAAAGGAUUUAAGAGCAACGAUUACAAACACACACACACAUAAGAUACACACACAUUGCACGUUACAUACUACACCAUACAUAUCCUUGUAAAUAUAUUUUAUUACAAAUUAAUGCAUGAAUUGUCAAAUCUAACUGUCUGGAUUAAUCAGCUGUGUGUCGGUUUGAUUUCACAUCUUACAAUUGAAUGAAACAAUGCAUGCAUCCCUUAAAGCAACUGCUCUGAGAAAUCUGACAUGAAACUAUGAAAACAAACAUGUAUCUAAGGGAAGUGCAGCUUCUGAUAUCAUUUUUACAUUAUGAUGAAUCGUUACAUAAUAAGUCCACAGGCACACUGUUUGUGGUGGCUAUUCCAUGCCCAGUGCCCACACAGGCAAUGCAAGAAUCAAUGAUUGGGGAAUAUAGGGAUUUAGUCAAGUGGUGGCUGAGUAAAAUACAUUUUACAAGUAUAGCUCAUAUAAAAACACGAAAGUGUAUACAAGUGUAGGGGUUCUGUAGGUCUGAUAUCUAAUUUUACAUUAAUACUAUUGGUCAACAACUCAGAUUCUGAAUCCAAACAACUCUAGAUGUUAUAAAAGGUCUUAGAUUCGUUCUUUCUAUUUUUUGUUCCUGUCUUUCUUUCUUACCUGAGCUAUGUGCCAUGAAUAAAGUCCAUAAC